AUGCAGAUCCUGUCGGGCAAGGCAAACACGCAGACGCGGUGCUUAGACUAUACGUUCCGCCUGGACACGUUACUGGUGCACUGGACGGUGACGAACAAUCCAUUCCAGCGGGGCACGGGGUGCAAGCCGUACUUCCCUUUUCGGAAUAAUACCACACAGGACACGGGAUCGGAUCUGAAGUUGGUUGUGGGCAGUAUUUGCCAGCAGGACAGUCCAAACACUCCACUGAACCACCAACAGAAUACGUCCCGUCAGCACAGCGAACAGGGGCUUCUAAUGUCGAAGCACACUUGUAACCCUUUGGACAUUGAACGCACUGACCGUCUCCAUCCAAACUCAAGCAUGAAGAAGACGCAUUAUGCGAAUAGUAGCCCGCAGUGCACGCAACUGGAGCCGCGUCAAUCGAGCACUUCACGCCAGCACCACAUAGAGUACACACUGUGGCGUUUCCCAGCGAGUCGGGACAAUAGCUGCCUGCAGGACACACAUGGCAAACAUGGUCACCCUGUGUGGAGCAGCAUGGACAACAAGUUAGCACAGCCAAAGUACAAGGUCGUAUCGCUAUGCUUUACCUCCAAACUGUAG